CCGGCCGAGACCAGAACAAAGAGCGGCUCUGAGGCGCACACAUUCCACGUCAACAAGGCUUCCCAGCUCAAGGCUUAACUAUUCAUAUCUCACAUUCUCACCUUCCUUCCUUCCAAGCCAAGCUAGUAUCAUCGUCUCAUCACUUAUUACGCCAAACCCUUGAUAUCACACUUAGGUCAACACUUCUAUAAGCAGCCAGACAACCACGACACAGCAACCAACUCCGAACCCACGCCGUCCAGUCCACGCACACUCCAUACUGAGCAGAGCAGCAAUGACCUCCACGACCACCAUGAAAUCCCUGUACGCGCUCUACAAGCCCCUUCCCAAUGCCAACGACACCGACACCGACAAAGGAGAAUUCCUCGUCCGCCGUGUCACAGACGGCGAGGUCCUGCUCGCCGUUCCCGCGCCCCUGACCACGCUCCGCACCGCCUCCUUCUCCCUAGAGGCCGCCCGCUCCGCAGCAAACCUGCUCAACCACGAGAACCUGGUCUCGAUCCACGACGAGCUGGUCGUCCCCCUGGGGGGCGGCCACCAUAUGCUCGGCUUUGAUGAUCAUGAUAAUAAUAAUAAUGGAAACGACUCAGAAACGAUAAUAGGCAGGCGCAUGCUUCUGUGGGACUAUUGCGACGCGGGCACGCUGCAGGGCGUGGAUGUUCUCCCGAGCGGUCGGGGCAAGAAGGGAUGGAAGAGGGUCAGGGGCAACACGGAGGCGGAGGUGGAUCGGAUGCCGGUUCUGCACCGGGAUAUCAAGGCGGAGAAUGUCCUGCUGCAACGCCCGAGGGGCAUUGAGAUGUACGGCGCGGUGAAGCUGGGCGGGCUGGGCAGGUGCUGGGUGUCCGGGAGCGUGAGCACGACGCGGGAGACGCCCGUGGUGGUGAUGGAGGAGAAGGAUGACGUGCCGUUGGGUGUGUUGCGGCACAGGAGGGCGAGGUGGCAGCGCGGCGGGCAGCGCGGCGGGCUGGCCAUUCCCAGGCCACAUCGGCCUUACACGCAGGGGAGCGAGCUCUUCGCCGUCGGGGCGCUGCUGUACCGCAUGAUGGUUGGCCGGGCGCUGCCGACGGUGGAAGAGUGCGCCGACUGCGGGUGCUUCCACAUCACCAGCAACGACGCGGCCGAGUACAACCCGUGCCACGACAACUGCGUGGGCGACGUCAACAUCGACGAGGUGUUUAAGCCGCUGGCCGGCUACACGGCCUACCUGAAGGCGCUGGUCACGCUGCUCCUGCGCCUGAACCGCCGGGACGAGUGGCGCGCGAGUGAUGCGCUCAACACCGCUUGGCAGGGCUUUGAGAACUGGGCGGCCAACACCGACGACGGCCGCCGCUAUCGAGACAUUUUCGACGACAUCUGGUUCCGGAAGCAGAACCACGCCCGGCUCAAGAAGCGACGCCGGGAGACCCAGGAGGAUGCUGAUGCUAUGGAUGUGGAUGGCGAUGUUUUGGUUGUCUAGCCGGUCCGCGUGUGUUUCGUUUCGUUUCUCUUGUGGCCAGAGCACGGAAUCAAAUCGAGCAGGGUUUGUAUGC